GUGGUAGAAGGGCGCGUGUGUGUCUGUGUGUAUGUGUGUGUGUCUUCCGGCAGCGCGUUCUCGCGGGUGGAGCGGACGGCUCCACGCAAGCUUUCGAGCGAGUGGAUUUUUUGAUUUCGCUGCCGGUGUGGGUCUCGAUGCGCGAUUCUCCCGGUCCUGCCCUUACCGAGGCGGCGACGAGCAGGAGAUGUCCCGGAGCACGCGCGGAGCGACUGCGCCGCGGGUCGAGCAAAGCGCGUAGACGAGCGUCCGAAGCCGCACCUGAUACCAGGCAGAGCACGUUUCACCCCGCUGGCCCGUGUUUAAUGUUUUCGUUUUGUUUGCCCGGGUCCUUUUUCGUUUGGAAAUAAUCGCCGGCACCAACUGCAAAAUGAGUGAGGAGACGUCCAAUGUCCCGAAAGAACUGCUGGAGAGUGUUAGGGAUGCCGUGGGGAGGAAGACCAAGCUGGUGGUUAAGAAGAGGGUCAAGCUAGAGAUCAAAGGAGACAAGGUGGAGAAUAGAGUCCUGGCACUUGCUGCAUAUCGUGGAUACCUCCUUACUGCACGGAUACCUGCCAAGGUGGAGCAGACCUUCAGUUACCUGGAGAUCCAUGGCAUCACGUGCAACAAACCCACGCAGCUGAUGGUGGAACAUGAGAAAGGGCAGAUUCCGCUCAGGCUCUUGUCUACAGAGGAGGUGAAUGAGGUGGUGUCACACAUAGGAAGUUCCCUGCAGAGAAUCUGUCCAGGCUUGUCUCCAGUUAGGGUGAUGAAAAAGUUGUCCAUGGAACCUCCAGAGAGGAUCACUGUUCUACAGACAGUCUGGGAAAGUCAGAGUUCAGCAGAGCCUGGGCCCUGUGGGGGAUUCUCUCAACAGUACAGGUGUGUGUGUGACUGGCUUGGCUUGCCGUACAGAGAAGAGGUUCAGUGGGACGUCGAUACCAUCUAUCUGACACAAGACACGAGGGAGCUGAACCUACAGGACUUCAGUCACCUGGAGAACAGAGAUUUGGUCGCAAUUAUUGCAGUGCUGGAAUUCAACCAGUGGUUCACCAAACUCUCCACGAAGGAUUAUAAACUGUCGGCAGAUGUGUGUGAUCAGAUUCUGCGCGUUGUGGCCCGUUCCAGUCGCCUAGAGGAGCUGGUUCUGGACAACGCCGGACUCAAGACGGACUUUGCCCAGAAGCUUGCCAGCGCCCUUGCCCAUAACCCCAACUCAGGACUGCACACUCUAAAUCUUGCCAACAACCCACUGGAGGACAGAGGAAUCACCUCUCUGGGCGCUCAGUUUGCCAAACUCCGCAAAGGCCUCAAACACCUAAACUUCUCCAGGACCUCAUUGUCACCCAAAGGAGUGAACAGCCUUGCCCAGUCACUGAGUGCCAGCCAGUCUAUCCCCAGCACACUCUGCCACCUGGACCUCUCAGGGAACCUUCUGCGAGGGGAUGACCUCUCGAGCUUUUACAGCUUCCUGGGACAGCCAAACAGCCUGAGCACCCUGGACCUGUCCAACGCGGACUGCUUGCUGGAAUUGCUCUGCUCUGCACUCCUUAGAGGAUGCCUUCAACACCUCGUCGUUCUCAAUGUUUCCAAAAGUGUCUUUGCACACAGGAAAGGCAAAGAGAUUCCUCCAUCCUUUAAGCAUUUUUUCAGCAGUUCCUUGGCCCUCAAUACCCUCAAUGUGUCCGGAACCAAACUGCCUCCCGAGGCGCUGAAAUCUCUUUUGCUCGGUCUGGCCAGUAACCCCAACCUGAAGGAGGUGACGCUGGAUCUCAGCUGCUGUGAGCUGCGGUCCGGAGGUUCACAGAUCCUUGAGGGCUGCAUUGCAGAGAUCCCCAACAUCUCCAGCCUGGACAUCUCCGACAACGGUCUCGAUUCGGAUAUGAGCACUCUGCUGGUGUGGCUGGCCAAGAACCGCUCCAUCCGCCACCUUUCCCUGGGCAAAAACUUCAACAACAUCAAAUCAAAAAACCUUGCACCCGUCCUGGACAACCUGGUCCACAUGAUCCAAGAAGAAGAAUCGCCACUGAUGUCCCUCUCGCUGGCCGACUCCAAGCUGAAGGGCGACCUGACCAUCGUCCUCAACGCGCUGGGUAGCAACAGCUCGCUGACCCGUGUGGAUGUCAGCGGCAACAGCAUGGGAGACAUGGGCGCUAAGAUGCUGGCCAAGGCCCUGCAGAUCAACAGCAAGCUAAGGACAGUGAUCUGGGACAGAAACAACGUCAGUCCACAAGGCCUCCAGGAUGUAGCAGCAGCACUGGAGAAGAACUUCACCAUCCGCUUCAUGCCCCUCCCAAUCAUAGACGCUUCGCAGGCGCUGAAGACCAAUCCUGAGAAGACAGAGGAUGCCCUGCUCCGGAUGGAGAACUACCUGUACAGGAACCACGAAACACGCAAGUAUGUGCAGGAGCAGGCGUACCGGCUACAGCAGGGAAUCGUCACCACCACCACGCAGCAGAUGAUCGACCGAAUAUGUGUGAAAGUCCAGGACCACCUGAAUUCUCUGAAGAACUCGGAGAAAGACGGCAUCCUAGAAGACGUCAAAGUAGCAGAGAAUCUCAUAAAGGAUGCGAGGAACUCAAAGACGCUCCUGCCUUGCCUGUAUCACCUGGGAGUGGUGUCUCGUGAGGAGCCCAGAGAUUCCUCCAUGGGUCCCAUCCAGGAGAAGCUCGACUCGAUGGCUGGAGAAAUGGCCCAAGUCAUGGACGAGCAGCUCAAGGGCUUGCUGGAGUCAAUGGUGGGUGCGGCAGAGAGCCUUUGUCCACACGUGAUGCGUAAGGCCAACCUCAGGCAGGACCUGAUUAAGGCCAGCAUGGACAAACUGGUGAUCCCACGCACCUUCGUCAAGAACGUCCUCCUCGAGCAGGCUGGUGUCGACAUCAUCAACAAGAUAAGUGAAGUCAAACUGAGCUUGGCUUCUUUUCUCUCCGACCGCAUCGUGGAUGAGAUCUUGGAAGCACUUUCCAAUUCGCAAAAUACACUGGGGGAGCACCUGCUGAGGAAAGGCCGACCACUGGUGCUGCAGGAGUCACUGGACCUAGACGUGCUCGAGGUGAAGAUAUCCAAACGGGGAGCCACGGAGCCCCUGGAGGCCGAGCGGCUAGACGACCUAGAGACCUGCAUGAUGACGCCGAAGUCGAAAAGGAAGAGCAUUCACAGCCGAAUGUUGAGGCCCGUGUCCCGAGCUUUCGAGAUGGAGUUCGACCUGGACAAGGCGCUGGAGAACGUGCCCAUCCACGUGGAGGACCUGGCGCCUCUUCCGAGGCUGGAGAAGAAGCUGUCAGCGGGCGUGGUUGAGCUGCCGUCCGAGGAGGCCAAGAAGCUCCAUCACUACACCAAGCUCCGGCCCAAGAGGAACAAGAAGACCCAGUCCAGCAGGGUUCCUCAGAUCAGCAGCGUGCCGUCUCAGGAUGGAGAGCAGAAUGGCCUCAUGGGAAGGGUGGACGAGGGCGUGGAUGAGUUCUUCUCCAAGAGGGUGACCAGAAUAGACAAACGGCCAUCCCUAAAGAGCUCCGACUCCCAGGACAGCGAGAGGAAGCGUGAAUCUCGCAAGGGCGGCUUCCUCAACCUCAUCAAGUCCCGCUCCGGAAAGUCGGACAAGGAUAAGGACAAGGAGAAGAGCCAGCCCCCUGCCUCGGCUGCCGGCUCUACCCAGGCGACCCCCGUGGCUCAGGAGGAGCCCCUGUCCCCUCGUCCGUCCUCCCGGAGCCCUGCGCCCGAGGUCAAGGCCAAGUCACAGUGCUUCCCCCCUGAGCGCAGCAGCAGCUCGGACCGCUCCGAGGAGCUGAAAACCCCAGACUCGGCCGACUCGGAGCUCUCGGAGGGGAGUCCGCAGGGCGGCCGUCGCUAUGGAGUCCAGGUGAUGGGAUGCGGCCUGCUGGCUGAGAUGAAGGCCAAGCAGGAGAAGAGAGCCACCUUCUCUUCUCACAAGGUCUCAGACUCCUCAUCGUGUUCGGACAAGACAGAAGCUCCUCUGUCAGGUGUGUCCAAGGCUGAGGGUGGCUGUGGCGUAUGCUCCCCGGAGAAGGUGGCCCGGGGCGGGGCCGACGGCAAGCCUGAGACCGCCCCCAGGUCCAGGGGCGCGGGCCCGACCUCCACGUGCCCCAAGCCCCCUCCACAGGUCUCCAAGCCAGCCUUGGCGGCUCGACCCGCCAUCCCACAGAAACCCCGUUCCAGUAGUUGCCGCAGCAUAGAAGAGGGCUCAGAGUCUCCCGCUGGAGGUCCGAAAUCUCCAGCUCUGACGUCCACCCUUCGGAAAUCCCCUUUGGACAGAGAUGGCAACUCCGGGUCACCACAGGGCAGCUCGGGUCCUAAGUCUGCUCAGGAAGUGACUGCGGCGGCAGACGCUAGCGUCUUCAAACACGAACCCGAGGGCUCGCUACCAAACCCGGAGGAAGAGAGCGAGCAAGCGCACAAGACCUCUCUCUCACGGCCCGCAAGGGCGUUGCCCACGUCCGAUGGGCUGCGGACCCCCGCGGCAGGUCAGCCAAGCUCGGAAGAUAAUGGGUCGAAGUUCAAGGAGCGAUCCGACAGCGGAGCCAAAGAGAAGGAGAAGGACUCCAGCCAUGCCUGCAGAUCAGCCGACUCUGGAGAGGACGGGGAUAAAGAUUUUAUUUUUAUAUGAGACAUGGAAAAAGAGAGAGAGAGAGAAAGAGAGAGAGAGAGAGAGAGCGCGCGCUCGCACGCAUGCACACGUCACCCAUUCAACCUGUUUAAGAUGUCAGCCCCUCCCCAAUCCAGGGUUCAUAAUUCAGACCCCACACAUUGUGUGUGUGUGUGUGUGUGUGUGUGUGUGUGUGUGUGUGUGAGAGCGUGCACGUGUGUACAUGCGUGCAUGUAACUGCACCUAUGUGUGUGUGUUCCCACACACGUCAUUCUUGUGUACAUCCAGAUCCGACCUUUUCCCUGGCCCAGAACCCAGGGCGUCUGAAUGACGUGUCCGUAUGAUGUGUCUUGCUCUAGGGAGUCUUAAUGUUCUCGUUUAUAAUAACUAGGGCUGAAGUACUGUUAAAAGGAUCCCAUGAUCAAGCUGUUUUUUCCCCUCCACCUCACUGUGUCAAACCCAUGUGGUUUACUCUAAGAGCAGGGCCUUCAAUGCCACUUAACAAGAUGCUUCCAUCUGCCUUGUGCCUUAGCAUUCUUCCUUACUGCGCCGCGACCAUCCAGAGCAAGACACUGAGAGCAUCUCGGACACCGCACGUACGUCCCUGGGACGACUGUACUACAAACACAUUUAAAGUGAAGUCAUAGGAGCACGAUUUAUUUCACAUCAGACUCUUUGACGUGAGAUCAGAUCUCACAAGCCUUUGUUGACUCUUUGACGUGAGAUCAGACCUCACAUGCCUGUGUUGACUGGAUUCCGACUGUGCAUUCCCUGGGCUUGCCAUUGCGGGACUGUUUAUCCGGGUACAAUAUUGCAUGGUCGUCCCAGGUCAUCCCAGACAGAUGUCAGACCAGCGUCAGAAUCCUCUUCGAGUCCAGACCCCCCCCCCACCCCCCACCCCCCACCUCUAGUUCCUCUGUUUUACUGCUCUUUUUGUAGCGCUAGCAUCCAGUUGGUUUUCUCUUCUAAUUUUACUUUAUAGCACAUACCAUUUUUAAAAUCUAAUUUGAUGCAAAUCACCCCCCCCCCCCUUUUUCUGCACCUCAGUGGCUCAUUCUGCCGCUAGACCCAUGUGAGGUCCAUGUGUGAAUGUAAAUAAUGUGCUUUCAAAUGUUUGUGUAUUGUGUGUGUGUGUGUGUGUGUGUGUGUACACACAGGGAGACAUGGAAAAAUGUUAACAUGUGCAUGACACAUGCGUACACAGAUCUUAUAUUGAUAAGGUACUAAGCACACUACUGAAAAAAAGAUUGGAUGGGAUUUGUAUAGGUACAUAAUUUAUUCUGAAGGGUGGUUGGUGGAGCUUUUUUAAUCCAAUACAUCUGGCUCGUCCUCUUUAUUAGGAUGUAUAUUUUGUUGAUACAACGCAAAACAGUUUUUAAUUAAUUUUGUUAUUGCACACUGCUUGGCACAAUGAUUUAGUGUUUGGGUUGGGUUUUUUUUUUUUUGUCUUCAAGGGUAAGGACAAACGUAAUGAAAUAAGUGUGAUUUAUCAGUGUUAAUAUAUAAUGAAAUCCUGUAUUAUUUAAAAAAAAAUACUGCAUAUGUGUUUGGUUCGCUCAUUGUUAUCAUGCAGUAUUUUAACCUUCGGUGAUCAAUCGCUAACAUGCUUCGCUCACGCGUCCUAUACGUUUGUGGACGUUUCUGUUUGGAUAUAUUUCUACCAAUCUGAUUAAAACUGAUUUUCCAUCUUUA